UGGAUUUUAAAUGACAACUUGAAGUAGUCAGACAGUUGCAACACUGGCAUAAAAUUUUUACUGCCAUUUAUAAUUUCGGUGUGUUUCUUUUAACUUCUAGAAUACUCCCAAGUUCAUAUUCGCAGAAUACAAAAGGCUUCGAAAUUAAAAGCAGCACGUUUUUCAAGUGAAAUACUAAAAUUGCAUAAAACGAAUAUAUUGAUAUAUAGUUUUGUGGUGUUACUGAAUUGCGAAGGAUUUAAAGUAGAAAUUAGUAAUAUCUGAAAUGGAAAAGGUGAAUGAACUUAAGGAAAGAGGAAAUCGUGCACUUAAUGCAGAUAAUUUUGAUGAAGCUAUUGCAGCGUACACUGAAGCCAUUAAUUUAGAUAAUAAAAAUCAUGUGUUGUACAGCAACAGAUCUGCUGCAUAUGCGAAGGCCUGUAAAUAUGAUAAAGCCUUAGAGGAUGCUGAGAAAACAAUAUCCUUGAACCCAACAUGGCCAAAGGGCUACUCACGUAAAGGUGCAGCAGCCGCAGGCCUGAAAAAUUAUCGGGCUGCUAUGGAAGCUUAUGAGGAAGGUUUAAAACAUGAUCCUCAAAAUGCGGUAUUGCAACAAGGUAUUCAAGAAGUCACUGCCACUGUACUACAGGCGAUGUCGGGGCGUUUUCCAACACCCAUGGAUGUGGACCCACAGACACCGCCACCCAAGGCUCCUGAGCCUAAGCCAGCUGAACCCCCCAAACCUGCAGAGCCGAAUGUGGAUGACAUGAACGAAGAUGAACGCAAAAAGUAUUUUGCAAAGAAAGAAAAGGAGGCUGGUAAUGCUGCUUACAAAAAGAAAGAUUUUGAAACAGCACUGAAACAUUACCAAGCUGCUUUGGAGCACGAUCCUACAGAUAUAACUUUUUACAACAACAUAGCAGCCGUUUAUUUUGAACGUAAACAAUAUAACGAGUGCAUAAAAGAAUGCGAAAUGGGCAUUGAAAUUGGUCGAGAAAACCGUGCGGAUUUCAAAUUAAUUGCUAAAGCGCUGGCGCGUAUCGGCAAUUCAUACCGUAAAAUGCAGGACUAUAAGCAGGCGAAAGUGUAUUUCGAAAAGGCCAUGUCUGAACAUCGUACGCCUGAGAUUAAGACUUCGCUCAGUGAAGUGGAAGCUAAAAUUAAGGAGGAAGAGAGGCGCGCUUAUAUUAACCCUGAAUUAGCUGAGGUUGAAAAAGAAAAGGGGAAUGAAUUCUUCAAGAAGGGUGACUAUAGUAAUGCUGUAAAACAUUACUCAGAAGCUAUCAAACGUAAUCCCGAUGAUCCGAAAUUGUACAGCAAUCGUGCCGCUUGUUACACCAAGUUGGCUGCUUUUGAUCUGGGACUGAAGGAUUGUGAAACUUGCAUAAAAUUGGAUGACAAGUUUAUCAAAGGUUACAUUCGAAAGGGCAAAAUUUUACAGGGUAUGCAAAAAUCUUCAAAAGCUUCGUCAGCUUACCUCAAAGCCUUAGAAAUCGAUCCACAAAACGCUGAAGCGCUCGAAGGUUACCGCCAGUGUUCGAUUUCGUAUCAACGUAGUCCUGAGGAUGUGAUGAAGAACGCUUUAGGAGACCCAGAGGUACAACAAAUUCUAAAGGAUCCAGCAAUGCGCGUUAUUCUGGAUCAAAUGCAAACCGACCCGAAAGCGGCUAAAGAACAUCUCCAAAACCCGGCGAUAGCUGAUAAAAUAAUGAAGCUGAUUGAAGCGGGAAUCGUUCAAAUUCAUUAAAAAAUAAAUUCUUCAACAGAAUUACGAACAAGC